GACAUAUAGUACACUCCCCCUGCAUUUGCUUUGGUGAGUGUUUUCAGGGAGACCAGAGACGUUGAUGGCCCGUCUUCCAGCCUUCGGGUCUGCUCCAGUCUCAGGGACAUUGUAUACACUAUGGUCCGUAAUUAAGCGUGUCGUUCUCUCGCUCUUCCUCUUAGACCCGUAACGGGUCCAGACUCGGCGACAAAACGCCCUAUGCCCUAUUUCUCGCAUACUGUGUAGAUACAAGGUGAGCAUCGAUGAUCCGCGCAGGGAUAGCACGCCACAGCCACAGCCGAUCUGAUUCGAGCCCCGAGAGAACCCUGCUCGAAAAUCUUAAUGCAGUCCGCUCUCGCCAGGCGCACCACCUCGACGACACUCCCAUCAUAUUCUUCGGAUUCUGAGAUGGGUACUAGUGAGCCCGUGGUUGACUGCAAUCUCCCCGAGUUGCUGGUGAAAGAUCUGGCAACAUCAGAGGACACCUUCAGAUCAAGAGCCAUGACUGCUGGGUGUCCCUACGCUGGCCUCGCGGCUCCCAGCCGCGAGCCGAUGCCUUCGUUUCGACGGCCGCUUGUACCGUGUCGCGGAAGCUCUCAGGGACGACCGACGGGGACGAGGACGUCCCUGAUGAACUGGCUUGUGGCGGAGGGACCAGACGCGUGCGCUGAGGAACUCGACGAGAACGGGCAUCUAGGAAGUCAGGAAGGAUGUCCUGAUUCAUCCAAUGCCGCAUCAAUAGGAAUGGCGCUUUCCCUAGCUCGCACCCGUCAGCAAUCUGUUGCCACGGCGGCCACGUCAGAUUCCGGUCGCUGUUCAUCGCUCUUUUCACACAACAACGCCCUCUCACCAACCCCACCCGUCUUCUCGCCGUCUCUUCGGAGGAGGGAAAGCAGUCCGCACAGCACUUGGUACGAAGACGAGCCAGACUCCCCGCGAGAGACGCCCGGAAGCUCCAUCUUCACGGCAGGGACGUCGAUUUCUGACCCUCACCGGCCGGUCACGGAGACGGAGACGGAGAAUGACAGCGAUAACGACAUGGCCAAGGAGAAGCGAGCCGCCGACGGGCACGGCAUUCCCUGGGUUACCACAGAGGCUUUCUCCUCAGAAGGCGGCUGUGCCACGCGUACGCGGCAGCGCACUCCUGGAAAUCAAGCACCUCCCGAAAAGCCGCGCAUGGUCGACAUCCCUCCGAUAACAACAAGCCCAAAACGCACCUCUUCACUGCAGCGGAGUCGGCAGGGCGCCGAGUCCGCUCUGGCCGCGUCGGACCUCGGGCUAACCUCUGCGAGGACGGCGGAGCGGCGAGGGACGCUCUCCAACGGCAACUCUCUGCAAGCGCCGUGCUGCAGCGUAUCUUUGAUUGAGACGGCGAGUGGCCGAACCGUCAUUGACGCAUCAGCACCGCCCCCUCCCAUCGCCUUUGCCAACCGAUCGCAGGCUUUGCAUCAUUCCCAUGCUCGUCCGCCGUCUGCCAUAGCAACCGAUGCUACCGAUCAGGAGGACGAGGCGCCCGGCACCGGCCGAGAACUCGGCGCCGGAGCAUGUGCGCAGUCGCUCGGGGAGGGUAGAAAACCGUCACUUGUUGACCUCCGCCACUUGGUCGACGCCGGCGCCGAAACACUUGCCUCAUCUCGGAAGUCCACGCCCUGUACACCAAGUGUGCCGGCCCCGGGCAUUCCGCUACCGCCAGAGAUCGUUGAGUCUUUGCGGGUGUCGAUAUCUUGUUUCCCCGAGACCAUGCUUCUCACGUCAAGCCUCUCCGUUGAGACCAUCCGAGUCUACUCCAAGAAGUUCAGGCACCGAGUAGACACGGAUUGCCGGUUGAGGGCUGUCGACACGGGCUCAGCCUUCUUCCCCUCGGCCUCGCAAAACCACAAACCACCAAGACGGUGGAACAUGGGCUGGCUGGGACAUUCCGCGCGCAGCAACAAGCAAGACCAAUUCCAGCCGCCCCGGCAACGACCACAACAACAAGAACAGCAACAACAACACAGUUACCCUUUCCCGCGAGGCAACCGAUCUUCGCCAUCUGCCACGUCCAACCUCACCCUUGCCGGCGCAGAACCACGAACCCCAACAUGGGUGGCCAUCAAGAACAUUUUCCCCUCCGCCUCGGACCACCUCUGCGACGCACUGUACGCACACCUGCUCGUCUACAACUACAUCGUCUCCCUCGCCCCACCAGCUAACCCACCAUCCUCCCCCUCCUCCUCCCCCUCCUCCUCCCCCUCCUCCUCCUUCUUCCACCCCGGCCAUUCCCUCAGACCACGAACAGGAACGGGGCCAGGAACAGGAGCAGGUACAGGCAGGAGGUUGGGGCAAGAAGAAGCAGCAGCAACCGGAGCGGGCGGGGCGGUAAGAAGGCCGUCGACGUCGACAAGCCACCCGGAGCACCACCACCACGACCACCACCAGUACCGAUACCAGCGCCGCCCCCAACCUUCUUUCCAGGCAACUCCUGCGGAGGACCUAGGCGCCAGCAGCGCAGAGGGCGGGAGCCGCCUCGGAAUCCCGCAGAAAGCCGCCAGCCUCCUGGGCAUGGACGACCCCGUGUCGGCUGCGACGACGGCGUACCAGCACCACCACCAUCACCAGCAGCAGCAGCAGCAGCAGCAGCAGGAGGAGGAGCAGCCCCGACGGCGCGCGCUGUCGCGCAGUCGGGGUCGGCGGCGGAUCAGCUACUACCCGCUGGCGGGGCUCAUUCCGUCUCCCGCCGGUCCGAAUGCCGGCGGUGGCGGUGGCUGGUUUGCUCCGCGGUCCGCGACCAGUCACGGGUGCGGUUGCAGUGACUGUGAUGACGGGGCUGGCGGCGGCGGCGGCGGCGGCGGCGGCGGUUGGUGGCUGCCUCCGCGCAGCGCGACGAGUCAUGGGUCGUCGUCGGGCGGGCACGCGGCGGCCAGGGGCUCGCUCCCUUUGCAGCAUCAUCGGGAUCAGCAUCAGCAGCACGAAGGGGGCGGUAGUGGCGGGUCGGCGUCGUCGUCGUCGGCGGCGGCGGCGGCGAUGGGGGAGUUGCUGACCGGGUUGCGGAGGUGCGUGCACCUGCUGGUCGCUACGAUGCGCACUACCGCCGCUGCUGCUCCGGGGGACGGGCAGGAGGAGGAGGCGCUGGCGGAUGAGGUGGGCGGCAUCCUAUCCGGGUCCGGGCUGAAGCUGGGGGCGGAGCCUGCGGAGAGCGUCGAGGCGGUCGAGCCUGUCCUGAUGAGAGCGCUUUGCGAGGUCGUGAGGUGUGCUGAGAAAGGGUCCUUGGGGGGGUUAUAAGGAAAACGAGGAGCCAGUGUCGGCUAUGGGCGGAGGAACAGUUGGUUGUACGAUUUUGGUGUUGUGAUGUGCACCGCUGAUGGGGAGGUGCGGUGCGGUGCUCUUGAGGGCGGAUCGGUUGCCCCGUUUCACUCGCGUUCAUUUUGUGUUCAGGUUAUUGCGCUUUUAAUUUGCGUUUCUUCCCUCGCCUUCCUUUACCUUUUUUUUUCUAGUUUUCCUUUCCUUUUCUCUUCGGGAGGCUGGGUGAAAGGGAGGGGGGGGGUUACAAUCGCUGCGAAAAAAAAAGUUAAUUCAUCAGUUAAAAUUUAUAUCGGUAGAUUGAUGGGUUCCCAUGU